CCAUCGACCACUAUGCCCAAGAGCACGACUUCGAAGAGUACAGCCGCGAGGCCGCCAUACAAGGUAAGGUCUGCUGGUACGAAGCGGGGUAUUCCCCUCUACAGUUCAGAAGAUUCUACCCCGGUUCCCGCUCAGGCCAAUAGUACGACUGAGGAGCAACCUGAAGAAUUGGAAGUGAAAGUGAGGAAAUAUUUCUCGGUCGAAAAUAUUGAUUUAAAUAUGGAUUUACAGAUCUCCCGACUGCAGUCGGUCGAGAAGGAUGUUCCAGACAAAGCGGGAGACGAGCUGCUUCCCAACACUUCAUCCGAUGGCGAUGCAGGUGCCAACGCAGCCAAACCAACGCCAAGAGGAAAGGAACCCCUGCAGGAAGCGAAGAGGGUGCCUGUCAGGGCCACCGAGAGGGGUUCAGCUGGGCAAUCUCAACUUGAAGUUUGUGAACAAGAUUACGAAAUCACCACUACAUGCGAGUGCGACUGUGAUGAUGGAUGGGUGUACGACGAACAGUACGAGAAAUGGAUCGAGAAGGAAAUUGAAGAGAGAGCAGCUGAAGCUGGCAUGUCGACUGAUGAUUGGAUUGCUCAAGAAUACGGUGACGAUGAUUGGUACCCCUACGAACUUGAACAGGGAACGUUUGAUGGCAUGUCAAACGAUGACGCUGAAGCGAAGAUGGCUCAGAUCUUCCGUCGGUAUAGACAGUAGACCUCACACUAACAGAACCAACCAAGUCAUGAG